GUAGUAAGAAGUGGACUGUCAACACCCAUAGUUUACAGACCUUAUUACAAUACAACUGUCUGCAACCCACUCCUCAGCUGUCCUCGAGAACAGGAGUCCCUUGGAAUGGACAGGCAGCUGUGUUUCUGGAGGAGAGUAGUGCCAGCUGCAGGAGCCUUGCCGGCGGAGCGCUGAGAGCUGCGGGAAGAGCCGGGGCCGGGCAGGGCAGCCCCGCCGCCCUCCAGCCAUGCCUUUCGGGCUGAAACUGCGGCGGACCCGGCGCUACAACGUGCUGAGCAAGAACUGCUUCGUGACCAGGAUCCGCCUGCUGGACAGCAACGUGAUCGAGUGCACGCUGUCCGUGGAGAGCACGGGCCAGGAGUGCCUGGAGGCCGUGGCGCAGCGGCUGGAGCUCCGCGAGACUCACUACUUUGGCCUCUGGUUUCUCAGCAAGAGCCAGCAAGACCGCUGGGUUGAACUGGAAAAGCCUCUGAAGAAGCAGCUGGACAAAUUUGCCAAUGAGCCUUUGCUUUUCUUUGGGGUGAUGUUCUAUGUGCCCAGUGUUUCCCGACUGCAGCAGGAGGUAACAAGAUAUCAGUAUUACCUCCAGGUGAAGAAGGAUGUUCUUGAUGGGCGAUUGAUAUCCUCCUUCGAGCAGGGAAUCCGACUGGCUGGUCUGGCAGUGCAAGCGGAUUUUGGAGACUAUAAUCAGUUUGAAUCUCAUGACUUCCUCAGAGAAUAUGUCUUGUUUCCUAUGGAUUGGACCCAGGAUGAAGCUGUCCUGGAGGAGCUGACUCAAAAAGUUGCUCAGGAACACCGAACUCACAGUGGCAUUACAGCAGCAGAGGCUGAGCUAAUGUACAUCAAUGAAGUGGAACGUCUGGAUGGGUUUGGACAGGAAACUUUCCCUGUGAAGGAUAACCAUGGAAAUGACAUACACCUCGGUAUUUUCUUCAUGGGCAUCUUCAUAAAAAACAGAAUUGGAAGGACAACUGUGAUUUAUAGGUGGAAUGACAUUGGGAAUAUUGCUCAUAACAAGUCUUCAAUUGUUCUAGAGUUGAUCAACAAAGAAGAGAAUGUACUCUUUCACACAGAUGACCUUGAAAAUGCCAAAUAUAUUUCACGUCUGUUUGCAUCAAGACACAAGUUUUACAAGCAGAACAAAAUCUGCACAGAACAAUCAAAUUCUCCUCCCCCUAUCCGACGACGGCCAACCUGGAGUAGGUCAUCUUUGCCAAGACAACAUCCUUUUAUACUGCCUCCUAUGCAUGUCCAGUGUGGAGAACACUACACUGAAACACAUAAUUCACAAGAUAGCAUUUUCCAUGGAAAUGAAGAAACUUUCUACUGUAGGUCUCAGACCAGUUUGGAUAGGUGUCCAAUGGACUUCAGCUACUUGAACGGUAAUGGACCCAAUGGGAGUGUGUGCAGUGCCCACAGCAUGAACUCUCUCAAUCGCUCACAGAACUUCAUCCAGGCAUCUCCAAUGUCCUCAAAUCUGAGCAUCCCGGGAAGUGACAUCAUGAGGGCAGACUACAUCCCCAGCCACAGACACAGCGCAAUCAUCGUCCCGUCUUACAGGCCAACCCCCGAUUACGAAACUGUCAUGAGGCAGAUGAAGAGAGGGGUGAUCCAGAUGGAUAGCCAAAGUCAGUCUUUGAGGAACCUCAACAUUGGAAACACACACGCUUACAACCAGCCGGAAGACCUAGUUUACAGCCAGCCCGAGAUCCGAGAGCGGCACCCUUACACGGUCGCCUACGGGCCCCAGGGGGGCGGCUAUACCAAACCUGUGGCACCGUCCGAGCAAGUGAACCCCAGCAACGCUGCUCAGAGCAAGGCGGCAGCCAGCGCCAUCUCCCACACGGUCAGCACCCCAGAGCUGGCCAACAUGCAGCUGCAGAGCGGCCAGAGCUACAACGCCACCCACAUGCUCAAGAACUACCUGUUCAGACCGCCGCCUCCCUACCCGCGCCCGCGGCCGGCCACCAGCACGCCCGACCUGGCCAGCCACCGGCACAGGUACGUCAGCGGCAGCAGCCCCGACCUGGUGACCCGCAAGGUGCAGCUCUCGGUGAAGACCUUCCAGGAGGACAGCUCGCCCGUGGUGCGCCAGUCGCUGCAGGAGGUCAGUGAGCCCCUGGUGGCCGUCAAGCACCACGCGGCCGUCAACAAGCGCCACAGCCUGGAGGUCAUCAGCAGCAUGGUGCGCGGCAUCGAGGCCAUGGCCUUGAAGACGCUGAACGCCCCCCUGCCGCGCAGGAACACGCUGAGGGAGCAGCUGCAGCCCGAGGAGGCCGCUCAGAUGGGCCACGAGGUGCAGCAAGUGCCUCAUUACCACCACAAAAAGACGUUUUCUGACGCCACAAUGCUGAUACACAGCAGCGAGAGCGAAGAGGAAGAGGAGACGCAAGAAUCCGUGUCCCGGAUAGCAGCCCUCCAUGAGAACAUGGAGUACAGCGCUCAGCUGCAGGCUGCCUUGGCUAGGAUACCAAAUAAACCUCCUCCCGAGUACCCUGGGCCUCGAAAAAGUGUCAGCAAUGGAGCACUGAGGCAGGACCCCAUCAGCAUCUCCGUGGCUGUAGCCAGGGCCAAGGCCAUGAGGCCGGGGCCUUCCAAAGCCAUCAGUGUCUCCCGAACUGAUCAAGUGGCCAUAAAUGGGUCUUCGCUGGGGCCCUCUAUCUCGGAGCCUGACCUCACCAGUGUGAAGGAGAGGGUCAAGAAAGAACCAGUCAAGGAAAGGCCUGUGUCUGAAAUGUUUUCUAUUGAGGACAGCAUUAUAGAGAGAGAGAUCAUGAUGAGGAAUCUAGAAAAGCAGAAGAUGGCAGGCCUGGAGGCCCAGAAGAGGCCCUUGAUGUUGGCAGCACUGAACGGACUCUCGGUUGCUAGGGUUCCAGUGCCGGAGGACAGCCAGGAUGAAGUCACCAAGGUGCCAAUGGAUGAGAGGUGCAAAAUCUUGAGGAGGAAGCUGGAGGAGGGGAUGGUGUUUACAGAAUACGAGCAGAUUCCAAAGAAAAAGGCAGAUGGGAUCUUCACCACUGCUGCCCUGCCUGAAAACACGGAGCGCAACCGCAUCAGGGAGGUCGUUCCUUACGAGGAGAACCGAGUGGAGCUGGUGCCGACCAAAGAAAACAAUACAGGCUACAUCAACGCUUCACACAUCAGGGUGACUGUAGGUGGAGAGGAGUGGCACUACAUUGCUACCCAAGGGCCCCUGCCACACACAUGCCAUGACUUCUGGCAGAUGGUGUGGGAACAGGGGGUGAAUGUUAUAGCCAUGGUCACAGCUGAAGAGGAGGGAGGAAGAAGUAAGAGCCAUCGUUACUGGCCUAAACUGGGCUCUAAGCACAGCUCAGCCACUUACGGGAAGUUCAAGGUGACCACCAAGUUCCGCACAGACUCUGGCUGCUUUGCAACUACUGGUCUGAAGGUCAAGCACCUUCUCUCAGGACAAGAGAGGACAGUGUGGCAUUUGCAGUACACUGACUGGCCAGACCAUGGGUGUCCAGAAGAAGUCCAAGGCUUUUUAUCUUACUUGGAGGAGAUCCAGUCGGUGCGCCGGCACACCAACAGCGUGCUGGACAGCAGCAACACCUGCAACCCUCCCAUCGUGGUGCACUGCAGCGCAGGCGUGGGCAGGACGGGGGUGGUGAUCCUCACAGAGCUCAUGAUCGGCUGCUUGGAGCAUAAUGAGAAAAUGGACGUUCCUGUGAUGCUGAGACACCUGCGGGAGCAGAGAGUGUUUAUGAUCCAGACCAUAGCCCAGUACAAAUUUGUCUACCAAGUGCUCAUACAAUUCCUGCAAAACUCGAGACUUAUUUAAUCUUUUCAAACAUCCCAGACCCAGCCUCGUGGAUCUGAUUGAAACUUACUGAUGAACAAGGGGAACUGCCUUGACAACACUGUGUGCAUAUAUUGCACUUUUUAAAGUUGUCUUGAAAGUAAGGAAUUACUUUCAAUGGUUCUUUACUAGUCUCCCGUGGAUUAUUUUAUACAAGAUAUAAUUUAUUUUUCUUGGAAUAACUUUUGAAUUACUUUAAUAACUUGUAAAACUUACAAUGACCUUCAAAGUGAACCACAUUUGACAUGACUGGUCUGCAUUGUAAUGUGUCUAUAAGGAAAACAAUCCUUUGUCAAGGUAGCUUGCUGGCUUUUAUUUUGCUACACAGCUUCUGCAACCUACAGUUAUUUGGCAGUGGGCUUUUUCUCACGUGAGGACGUUCUGGACCCAGAAUGUGGCUUCCCUGGUAAAAACAAGACCUGCUAGAAGUCAGCUACAGCUCUGUGUGAGUGGAAGCUGAGGGUGCACAGCACAGAGACCUGAGCUUCUGCACGUGCAGCCAGACAUGUUACAGAGGGCACAAGCACAGGACAUUGUGAGGACAGAGAGUUUUGGGUGCUAAACUGUUCAAAUUCCACAAGAAUUACCAUUUUAGAUUAGUCCUUGAAAAAAAAUCAAUAUUGUAUCUUUUUCAGGAGGCCUUUUGCUGCUGUGUGCAAGCCUUGAAGGGAUUAAUGAGAUGCAAUGUAGGGUGAAGUACAGUAACCUACAACAGGCUGAAGUCAGUGAAUGACUCUUUCCAAUAACUCUGGAGGUCUGAGAGUUGAACAGCAGAGGAUUUUCGACCAAAUGUAUCUGGAAAAAAAUCCAAAUCAAGCACCUUCUCAUGAAUUACACUGAAAGUAUUAAUGCCUUGAGGCUCACCCUGUGUAGAAAAAGAACCUCAUUGAAAUCAGGCAUCUCCAGUUGCCUUGGUCUUCGCGUGUGAACUAUUGUUGGAUGGUUAGAGAAAGAAUCAGGCUAGAGAGGGGCCUUGCAGGUCUCUGGGCUCAGCCCCACUCACCCCACUGCUGACUUUAAACUUGGAUAGGCUUCUCCAGGGUCACAUCCAGUUUCAGAAUUCUCAAGGGUGAACAUUCACAGCCUCUCAGGGCAUGUGAUGCAAUGCAGUUACUUUGUCAUGAUGAAAUCACCUUUCUCGGUAUCCCUUCCCCAGAUACUUUUAAUAUUUUAAUCCUACUGUUGCUUUUCUAUUGCAUCCCCAUGUCCAAACCCUCAAUAUGCAAAGGCCCAAGCCUACAAGCACUCUUAAUUUCAGCACUAAGGGGACUAAAAUUAGGUUCUAAACUAAGGUUCUGUACCAGAAUGUUUCUUGACUGUGUUUAAAACUGCACUGUUGAUUUGGUGCUCUGCAAUACAGGCUUAACAUGAUGACAGAGUUUCUGGUGAAGACUUGUAGUCACCAAAAAAUGGAGAGCAAUUGUUUCACUGUAAUAUCUUAAUCAUGUUCUUUUUAGGGAUCAGUUGAGUUUUCAGUCAACUUCAGUUUUCCUCUAAUUUUUUCUGCCAGUGCCAACAUAUCUCUUGUUAAAUUAGCAGCAACCAUUUAAAGUCUUUUCAGCAGCAUCU